AUGGGCUGUAACCGCCUGCCCCCUUUGCCUCCCGCAGAGCCUGUGUCCCCGCUGACUGGAAGGGCCGUGAAGGUGCAUUUCGAACGGUGCCCAUCCAGCCCAGCAAGCAAGGCGGCUUCCCUCCAGAUCCCACCCCUGGGCGCCGUCUGCUUCUCUCCCCUGGGCGCGGAGGAGCCAGAGAGCCCCCGGGUGCAGAGAGGGAAGCCCGGAGCUCAGCCCCCAGGUGGAGUUGUGUAUUUUGGGGAACUCCCGCCGGAUGAGCCAGAGGAAAUGGGUAGCUUGAGUCCCUUCAUCCACAAGGCCCUGCCCCCCAGGUCUAGCCAGAAGCCCCCCAGGAAAGAAACUCCCAUCAAGACCCGCAGCACCCCUGAGAGCACCCUGGUCCUGGAGCUGGAGGGGAUCCUGGUCUGUUGCUCCCUGACAUCCAGCCAGGACGCGGACUGCACCUUCCUCACAGACUUCCAGGGGGACGCUUAUCGGGUUUACAUGAAGCUGCGCCCCCACGUGCAGGAGUUCCUGGAAACCCUCGCCAAAGCCUACGAGAUCUUUGUCUUCACCACCGCGAAGCAGGACUACACAGAGAAGAUCCUGGAUGUCUUGGACCCUCAGAAGAAGCUGAUCAGGCACCGCCUCUAUCAGCAGGACUGCCUCUGCGUGCAGGGUUACUAUGUGAAGGACCUUUCCAUCCUGGAGAGAGACCUGGCCAGGACAGUGGCCCUGGAUGAUUCUCUCCAAGGAUUCCCUUACCAGAUUUCCAACUGGAUCCCGAUCCCCGGCUGGCUGGGAGACCGCCAGGACGAGGAGUUGCUGCGCGUCCUCCCGCUGCUGGGGAAGCUUAGCCAAGCGGGUGACGUCCGCACCGAAAUCCGGAGGAAAUACCGACUCUGCAGGCUACUGGCUGUGGACUGACAUCUGCCCAGGGACUGGGUGUGGAGGGAAAACCCCUUCCCAGACGUCUGUCCUGACGGGCUGCUCCCAAACGUCCCAGGCGCAAAGUGCAGCACUGCUGCCCGGUUCCAGUCAGCGACAGCGCAAACGUUUGCUCCG